AUUGAUGGGGAGAGACUGGCACAGCUCAACAAAGUCUUAAGAUGCAUUCGAUUAGGCAAUUUCAGAUAUGCCCAUAAGCCACUCAACCUAGGAGAAUUGUCUGGCAAUCAUUUCAUAAUCAUAUUAAGAAUGAUGCAGGGGAGUAGAGAGCAGAUCAAUAGGGCAAUGACAUCCCUGAGAGAUGUUGGAUUCAUCAAUUACUUUGGUAUGCAGCGAUUUGGUAACUCACUCAUCUCUACAUACCAUGUAGGAAGAGCCUUACUACUGAAUCAAUGGGAGACAGCAGUAGACCUGAUCCUAAAACCAAGAGAAGGAGAUGACAACAGGUGGAGAGAGCAUUGGAUGAAUACCAGGGAUGCUAAGAGUACAUUAGAGAUGCUUCCUCACCAUAAGAAAAGCUCUGUUGAGCAGCAGCUGUUAAGAGGCUUACUCAAGUCAAGGAAUGAUUACCAGGCAUCAUUUUAUUCAAUUCCUCGCAAUACACGUCUCAUCUACCUGCACAGUUAUCAGAGUUAUAUUUGGAAUGUCAUUGUCACACAAAGGCUACAGAGGGAUGGCUUCAAAGCGGCUGUUGGGGAUCUAGUCCAAAAAAGCGUUGAAAAUGAAGUUCUUGCUUUACCCAGGGUGGAGUAUGUAACAGAAGAGAAUGAAAAUGAUUUUACUAUUUAUGAUGUGGUCUUACCUCUACCGGGACAUGGUGUCAAAUACCCUGUACAUCAAGCUGGAAAAUGGUUUACUGAAGAGCUUGCCAAAGAUGGUCUGACAGUGGAGAUGCUGAAAAAUUCCAAUAGGGAUCUGUCUCUAUCUGGUGCAUACAGGAAAUGUGUUGUCAAACCAACUGAUGUCAGCUGGUAAGUCAAUUCAUAUUAACCAAUUUUAUACCAUGUUUAACUGGGCUCUUAUCAGGCCAAGCAUAUAUCUAUUUUAUUUGUCAUUUUGAGAUAAGUUAAAU